AUGCGCGGAAUGAUGAACGAGAUUUUACAGAUCCUCGGCCGUGAGAACCGUUGCGUAGGGGUGAUUCUCCUCGUGUUCGGGGUCAUCCAAGUGCUGCUGCUGUCAGCGUUGCUGCUCCCGGAGGACCCUGUGAUAUAUGAGAUUCAACCUUAUCCAAGUUCUACUAGAAAAGUACAUCUAGCUUUCAAAUCUAUAGAUGCGGCUACACGAGUUGUGAAGAACGCAAAUGCUACGCCGACAGACCUAAUGCCGACAGAUCGCAUCGGAGAAAAUCCUGCAGCCAAUAUCUCUGAAAAUGAAGAUCGCAUUGCAGCUGAACCUGCAGAUGACAUUACCACUCGAGGCGACGGUACGGGUCCCCCUGGUACAGUUAUUUCACGCCACUCGUUGGAAGUGGUGCCCAAGUUGUACGAUCAACCAGCUGCCUCUGGAAUUGGAAUAAAACCUCCUGAAAUGGCAACGACGAUUGACAUUAAAGAGGACUACGAGUUUAUUCCUGUUCCAGGUUCUACAAGGGCCGCAAUGGAAACGCAGCCACCCAUCGCAAUACGUGAAUUUGGAAGCAAAGCAACCACGGAAGAUAAAGAGAAAUCCAUUGACUCUGGUGUCAAUUCUGCACUACGUUUUGGUCAAGGCUGGAAGGACAUUAUUGCCAAACGCAUCUUCAAAUACGACGUGGCAGGCGCGAAGGUCAAUCGGCUCAAACCAUCUGCAGCCAAUGACCUUGGAUAGCGCGAGGCGCUCCCGGCCAUGAACGGGCUCGCGUUGUUCCCGCAGUUGGACCGCCUCUAUUGGACUGCCCGGCGCGAACGUGUUCGCACCGCCCCCGUCGCCACCACUGCAGCCGCUCCAUAGACACAGCGGUUACCUGCCCUGUCCUUCUCCCUUAAGCAAAGUAUUGUGGCUAAUCACGACAGAAAUUUGUA